AUGUGGAGCCAUCUUGACCACUUCUGCUACCGCGCACGAAACUUCCUCGUGUUCCAGGGGGACGUGGAGGCCGCCGCCCAGAGGCAGGGCAAGGACCCUCUCUCUCUCCCAAUGUUCGGCGUCCGAGGUUCGCUGGCGUACCGCGACGAGUACGAGGCGCUCGCCAAGGAGAAGGCGCAGAAGGAGGACCUCGCCCGCUGCCUGUACACGAAGAGGCGCAACGUGAUCAACGAGAAGAAGCGUCUUGGCCAGCAGACUGCCGAGGCUCAGAUGUACAGGGCGAAGGAGAUAGAGAGGCGGCACAUGGAGGUGGAGUUCUACCUCUUUCAGUUUCACUGCAUCGCUUGGCAGGCGGAGGACGCCCGCCGGCGAGGCGGCGACGCCGAGCGGGCGCUGGGCGAGCUGAGGUUGCUGAUGCUCCCGAAUGGCCCGCUGCCGGCGCCAGAGCUGCUGCUCGGUAACCUGUGCGAGCUCUUCGAGGCCCUGGCGACAAGCCAGAGCUUCCUCGCGCUCUGGACCCGGCGCGGCCUCCGAGGGCCGCUCCUGCUGCCGCCGCAGCGCUGCGUCCGCCGCGUGCUCUCCCUCGAGGACGUGGCCGCGGGGCUGAGCGCCGCCGCCGCCGCGGGCGAGCACAUCCCGGCCGCGCUCGGGCUGCAGCUGGGCAGCGGCGAGACGCUCAACUCCGAGCUGCCGCCGGUGCGCUCCCCCGCCGAGCUGCGCCGCCUCCUGCGGUUCGGCACCGUGUUCCUGAACGCGGCGUCCAGGCGCUGGCGGGCGCUGGCGUCCGUGUGCCUCGCGGCGAGCAGCGCGCUGGGGCUCCCGACGAACAUCAACGUCUACGUGACGGCCCCCGGCCGGGCCGUCUCGACGCCCGCGCACGCCGACCGCCACGACGUGAUCAUCCUCCAGUCCACCGGGCAGAAGCGCUGGCGGGUGUACCGCCCCCUGCCCCGGCAGGCCGGGGGCGGGCACCCCUGGGACCGCGGCAAGCACGGCGGCCCGAUCCGGCCGGAGGAGCUGGGCACGCCGCUGCUCGACGUGACGCUGCGGUCGGGGGAAUGCCUCUUCGUCCCCGCGGGGUUCCCGCACGAGACGGGCACGCCCGGGGGCGGCCAGGGCGCAGAGGUGUCGGUGCACCUCACCCUGGGCAUCUCCGUGGCCGACUGCGGGGUCACCUACGGCGCGCUGCGCGGGCAACUUCUGCUGGAGCUCGGGGAGCCGGGUGCGGAUGAGGAGUGCUUGGACGACGAGGCCUUCUGGAGCCUCUACCAGCCGCUUCCGCUGGGCUGCCUGGCUCCCCGUGGCCUGCAGGGCGAGCGGGCCGUCGCGACCAUCGCGGAGGCGACCGCGGCCCUGGUGCGCCAGACGGACCUGCGAUGCCUGGAGCCGCUGGGCAGCGAGGAGGAGGCCUCGCUGCGCGACGCGGCGGAGGUGGUGGUCGGCAGGUGGCUGCGCAUCCAGGACGAGCUGCUUGCGAUCUACCGCUCCGGAUACGCCGAGGUCGCUGGGGCGCCAGGCUCGGGCCCGGUGGCACUGGGCCUCGCAGGGUCGGGCGAGGCAGGCGGCUUCCAUGCCCCACGCGCGCGGCCGCCAGGGGAUCCGCUGGUGGACCCGGCGACCCUGGCGGCCGCCGCCUCGGUCGGCAGCUUCUGCGCCUUCCUGCGCGAGCACCUGCCGCGGGCCGAGGCAGAGCCGGAGCCGCCCGAGGGGGCGCCCGCGCCGCUGUUGUACGAGGAGCCACUGGCGCCGCUCCAGUGCGAGGUGGUGGGCCAGGCGGCCCCACGAUCGUGGCCCUUCGGGCUGGCCCCGUUGAAGCUGGCCGCCGAGCGGCGGCGCCUCCGCGGAGAGGAAGCCCACGGCCACCCCACGGCCCUGCGGCAUCGCGGGCGCCAUCGCGAGCGCGCCCGGCCCGGCCCGCAGGAAGCGGCCGAUGCCGCCGGGCGCUCCGCGGCCGCCCGCGGCGCGGGGCGGCGUGCGCCAGAGGCUGCGCGCCAGAGGACGGCUGCGGACGGGGCUGCCGCGGGGCGGGGAGCACAGGAGGCCCUCCACCAGCUUGGCAAGCAGCUUGGCGUGCCGGGCCCUGGCGGGGCGCCAGACGCGCAGCUGCGUCGCACGGCGAAGAAUUAG